AUGUUGGGUCUUGCGGCCUAUGACAGCAGCAGUGAAGAUGACGCUGGUCCCAAUCCAAUUUCCUCCGAGACUAAGCAAGGAAAAGAAGGCCAUCUUGCUCAUACCCCCAAGGCAACACAAAAUUCAGAGCAUGGUUCCAUGCCAGAAUCUGACAGACCUGUUUUCGGUCCAUCGCAUGAGAGCCCUCACGAUGCACAAAAAUCCUCACCGACUGACUAUAUAACACUGUCCGCAUCUCGUACUAUAAUCCAUGACUUAACACUUCCCCCUGUCCCGAACCUAGACAUUCCUCCAUCACCUCCAAGCUCGCCCGACCCCUCCGCGGAUGCAAAGUUUGCCCAUUUCUUGUCAUUGAAGAAACAAGGUGUCCACUUCAACGAAAAGCUCUCGGGUUCUGCGUCCUUGAGAAAUCCCAGUUUGUUGAAGGCAAUGAUGAACCAUGCAGGAAUCGAUGAUCGGGCGCAAUACCAGGCUGCACUACCACCGGCCAUUUGGAACGCGCCAGAUUUACCGAGCUGGGGAUUCAUGGAAGAAAUCAGACAGGCACAACGAGACAUCCAGGGUACAAUGGAAGAGAGGAGGUCAGCACGACAACGAGAGGAGAUUGCCUUUGUGGCUGCUACAUCUUCCUUACCAUAAGACCAUCGACAUGUUUAAGAGCCCUGGGGAUAAGACUCGUAACGUGCACAACGCUUUUAAGUUGCAGCAUAUGGCAUGGAAAAUACUGGAAAGAUGGGAUUACACGGGGGAUCUAGUGGCCAUGCCCAACUUUGACCCUGUAGGAAUCUGUGUAUUUGAGAGUCUACAAAGAGAUGGGAUCGACAUUUUAAGCUACAGCCUACCCGGUCGUUGCAAUUCAGUGCCAUACGACCCACUGCUAAAUAGUGAUGCUAAUUACUGUGAAGGAUUUAUCCAUGGGAUCAAUCAAUAUAACGAUUCCUCGGGUAGGCUAUGAUGCUGUGUGGGGAAAUCUUGCGCGCCAAUACCGUACGGUUUCUGUCAGGACUCAUGCUAGAACUUAUA